AUGAAGGGCUCUCAGAUUUUGAUGGCAUUAAGCUUGGUAACGUCUACUUUGGGAAAAUCGGAACAUAAAAGAGCGCUUAUAUUCCCGCCGGCUGGUCUAUAUGGAACAUUCGUCGCGAUAGCUGUUCCAAUAGACCUCCCGAACAAGAAUGUGUUCGUGUCUUACAAUUUCGAGUCUAACUACGCUGUGGUGAGAAACAUCACGGAGCUUGACGAAGUUAUAUUCCCGAAUCUGCCGAUUAUAAGUUCCCGUCAUAGUCGCAGUAUAACGAGGGAGCUAGCAUACACCGUGCUGGAAAAUCGCUUUAGUGAAUACGGCAUGAAUGGGAGAGAGUGCAUGCUCCGAAACAUAUGCGAAGCAGCUGAAACUCCAUUGCAUCACAAUGGGAUCCUGGGACAUUUAAUGCAUAUCAUAUUUACACCUUCAGCAUCUCGUGAAGAAGGAUUGGACGACGAAUACUACGAAGCAGAGGCUGCUGGUCAUAAGGGAGAUUGUGACAAAUAUGUAGCGGAAUGCCCCACCAGCCUUUUCGACUACAUCACGCGCCUAGUUGAAUUCCCACACAAGUCAUAA